UUUAGCAAACAUCGCAAAUUGCGUUUGAAUCCACCUUCUUCAUCGGAAUUUGGACGCAGCAUCUCAGUGCCUGCCGAUCGUUUAGUAAAUAAGUCUACCUUGCCUGCCCUCAUGAGUUCAAUCAGCGCUGGUACUUGCAAUACACCUACCACGCCUGAGCUGGAAAUAACUCACUCGUCUUCCGUCGAUAUCGAUGAGCUGCCCAGCACACAGUUCGCACUGGAGCGUCGCAACUCAUCCGGUUUUCUACUGUCACCCGAAAUCGAGGCUUCCACACCAUCGCUGCGCACUAACCCCAGCGAAACCAGUGAAACCGAUGGCUUCUAUCGUUUGAAGAAAGAUUCGCAGCGUCGCACCACCUUGUCAAAGGUAUUGAAAAUGGAUGAGGAUAAAAUUUGUAACUUGUGGAUGGAUCGCAUACAAACGGAUCAUAAAAUCAGCGUGCUAAUAACAAAAGCUGAGUUGCAAACUCUAAUACGUGGGUUGCGCGAGUAUAUUGUUAACGAGAAGGAAAAGAAUUUAGAGGCAACAAUAAUGGGACUGAAGCAAAAGCUAAAUGACGACGUUGCCGUGGAUCAUUUACACUUGGCAUUGUAUGCUUUUCAAGAUGCUGUAGUCACAGUAUUGCGUUCACAUUUCAUCAAACCACAUUGGAUGUUCGCAUUGGAUAAUUUAGUAAAAAGUGCUGUACAGGCGGCCGUAACAAUCCUGUCCCCAGAGCUUGGCGCCAACUUAGCCGGUAAGGAACUAUCCUGCAAUGACGACGAAAGCGUACAUAAUCCGCAACAUACCUCAACUGAUAGCCAGGAAAAGAUUAUUGGAGAACAGACUAUAGUCACCGCAUUGAUUGAAGAGGACGAUGGCAGCUUUUCACCGAGCGAAUGUGUGCGCAUUUUACGUGACAUGAAGGACAACGAUAAGCAAUUUCAACGUCAGCACUUGGAACAACAGAAGCAGCAGCUGAAGGCAUUACAAAAUAUAAGCAAAGAAUUGGCGCACAUCUAUUCAGGACGGCGUAGAGCGAGGCGCCCGUUUGCUACGCUUCAUCGGCGUCCCAACCGUUCAACUGCACAUAAACAACACAACUUCCAUCGCAAUUUAAACAAACGUACAUAUGGUAUUAGCGAAAUUGACGAGCAGCUGGCGCAGUGGCUCACCAACCAUGACAUUGACGAAUUUUCGCAGACUAUAAUACUUAAUGAAGGUUUCACUUAUGAAGAUUUUGUGUUCAAUAUGGAAAAAUUAGAUUUGAUGCGACUGGAGUUGAGAUUGGGCGUAGAAGUGCGUCUAUGGAAAUUGAUUACCCAAACUCGUGCGAGCAUGGACGUUGUUGAUGCUGAGAGUUCCUGUAGUCAGCAGCAAAAAAAUACGCACAGUACUGAUAAUUCAGGUGCCUUAAAACGUAGUAAAACUACUGAUCAUAAUUAUAGAACUAAGUGUGGCGGCAGUGAGAAUAGCAGGAAAAGAAUUUUAAAUUCGCACACCGUUAAUAACAAUACCAGCGACAAUGACAAUACUAAUGCUAAUACAAGGCAAACUGAAAGCGAGUAUGACUCUUGCAGUGAAAAAAAAAACAAAAUACUUAUUNGUAUACGCAAUUUCGUUUAUGAUAAGAAAAAAGUUCUUAGAAUCAUAUUCAGUUGUUCACAUUUCAUUACAUAUCUUAUUCGCAGGCGCCCGUUUGCUACGCUUCAUCGGCGUCCCAACCGUUCAACUGCACAUAAACAACACAACUUCCAUCGCAAUUUAAACAAACGUACAUAUGGUAUUAGCGAAAUUGACGAGCAGCUGGCGCAGUGGCUCACCAACCAUGACAUUGACGAAUUUUCGCAGACUAUAAUACUUAAUGAAGGUUUCACUUAUGAAGAUUUUGUGUUCAAUAUGGAAAAAUUAGAUUUGAUGCGACUGGAGUUGAGAUUGGGCGUAGAAGUGCGUCUAUGGAAAUUGAUUACCCAAACUCGUGCGAGCAUGGACGUUGUUGAUGCUGAGAGUUCCUGUAGUCAGCAGCAAAAAAAUACGCACAGUACUGAUAAUUCAGGUGCCUUAAAACGUAGUAAAACUACUGAUCAUAAUUAUAGAACUAAGUGUGGCGGCAGUGAGAAUAGCAGGAAAAGAAUUUUAAAUUCGCACACCGUUAAUAACAAUACCAGCGACAAUGACAAUACUAAUGCUAAUACAAGGCAAACUGAAAGCGAGUAUGACUCUUGCAGUGAAUAAAAUGAAAACCCCGUUCUGUAUUGUUUUUUGAGUACAAUAGUCAUAAAUGUGUUGUCAUUGUUGUUGUUCUUGAUAUUAUUCUAUUUAAAAAUUCGCACAUGCAUAUAAAAAAGAAAGUUAAGCUACUAACCUCUCGCAAAUCGCAUAAACUAUCAAAAGUAAAAAAAUAAGGAAAAAAAAAACAAAAUACUUAUUUUCUUAUGUUAUAAAGCUAAAAGUUUGAAUU